AUGACCACCGCUCCCCGUGCCGAUCCAGAAUUCCAACGCUCCAGUAUUCUAUAUGAAUUUCUUCGGGGAAAAUCGGAAUUCGAUUCUUAUCUCAGUUUUUGCGAGGUGAUGGGAGAAGAUACAAAGGGUUAUCGAGAGUUUGACUAUUGGUUUACGAGGUUUUCAAAUGGGAAUUUCGGUUUGGUGGAUGAGGAAAAUGCAGUGAGGAGUAUCCGUUAUUUGAUGGAUUUGCCGGUUGAGAUAAUCGGGCGGAUUGUGGAUUUUGUCACGUGGAAGGAUGUGUAA